CCCUGGAGAAACCCCAGCGCCACCGCCGCUGCCUCGCCCUGCUCGCCGUCGGUCGUCCACACGGCGAGCGACGCUGCCGUUCGCGACCAUGUCCCAAGCGCUCGCGCGCCGCGGCUACCCCUUCCUUCUCGUACGUGUACGGGCUGUUCGGAGCCUCUGCUCGCACGCCGCCGGCGGGGGCGCGUCCUAUGGCGGCGGCGGCGAGCGGUGGAGGGGGCAUCCACAGCAGCAGGAGGAGAGCAAGGCGGUGAAGGUGUCGGUGUGGUGGGACUUCCAGAUGUGCCAGCUUCCGCCCGGCGCUAACCCCUGCCGCGUGGCCCCGCGCAUCACGGCGGCGCUGCGCGCCGCCGGCAUCCGAGGGCCCGUCGAGAUCACCGCCUUCGGCGACGUCUUCACGCUCCGCCGCAGCGUCCAGGAGGUCCUCGCGGCUACCGGCGUCGCGUUCUCGCACGUCCCCCCCAGUGGAAAGCCUGAUUCUGACAGAUCACUCAUGGCUGAUCUUGUCUAUUGGAUUGCUCAAAACCCUCCGCCAGCCCAUUUCUUCCUUAUAUCUGGAGAUAAGCACUUCGCAAAUAUUCUGCAUCGCCUUCGGAUGAGCAACUAUAAUGUGCUGCUAGCCUGCCCUAAUACUGAGCCCAGUGUUAUGUGCAGUGCAGCAACAAUUAUGUGGCCGUGGGAUGCGUUAAUUGAAGGGGUUGGGUUUUCCCGGAAACAUUUUAACCACCCACCUGAUGGUUUGUCUGGCUCUUGGUAUGGUCACUACAGGGGAGAUCUUGAUGACCCCUUCCUGAAUGCAGAACCAGAGCAAUCCAUGAAUGUACCAUUGCAUACAAAGAAGCCGGAGAAGCCACCUAUAGUCCCCAAAUCUGAGGUCAGCGGGCCUGAUUAUUUCAAGGUUAUAGAUUCUGUACCAGGUGAUAGUCAACCUGCUGUAGUUGGUGAAAAAAGUUUUACAAGGCUGAAUUCUGGACAAAGUAAUGGUGAGGGAAAACGCUUCAUUGAGACCAAGGAGCCAGAGAAGCCACCUACAGUCCCUGGAUAUGUGGCCAACAUGAUUAGGAUAGUACUGAACUAUUAUCCUGAAGGGGUCAAUCUUGAAGAUCUUCUAUCAGAACUUAAAAGGAAGGGGGUUGUGGAUAAUCGAUUAUUAGGCUUCAAAAACUUCUCUGAUCUGCUCCAAUCUAUUCCUUGUUAUGUCAAAUUUAUAGAUCCUCUACCAGGUGAUAGUCGACCUGCUGUAGUUAAUGGGAAGAACUUCAAAAGAAUGAGUUCUGCUCAAAGUAAUGAUAAUGGAAAGCGCUUCAUUGAGAUGAAGAAUGGCAAGUCACCAUUAUCUAAUGCCCCAAGUUCUCCAUCAGAUAUAUUACCUCCGAAACAACAGAAAAAUCUGGUAAUUGAUGCUCCAUCUUCCCCGUUUGAUCCAUUUUCUAGAGAUCAAAGGAAAUUUCCACCCAUAGAUUUUAUUAAGCCCGCAGAAUCACCUGCCUGCCAUAUGGAAGCUGAUACGGUGAUCGCUGCUGGAACUCCCUCUUCAGGGCUGCAAGGUACUAUUAGUAAAAAGGGGCUAUUUGAAAGGAUUCAGAUUCUAUGGAAUGGUCCUAAGCCCACUAAGCCCCAGGUCUAUCCGUGUAAUGAUGCUACUUUUUCUAAAGGGUUCAAUGAUGCAGCAACUCCUGAUGGGAAAGGUCUUGCUAACAAUUCAGCAUUUAGCACUAGUUUGUCAAAUGACCCUUCUAAUAACUGUUUUGAAUUAGAUGCCAAGGGGAAUUUUGUGAAUACAAAGAAUUACUCUAACAAAACAGUCGACAUCAGCGAAGCUGGAAAGAUACAAGGUUUCGGAGAAAGCAACAAAGGAAUAUUUAGCUGGGCAGCAAGCUGGUGGUCAUCUGGAAAAUCUGAUAAACAAGAUAAUAGAAAUCAUACAGAUGCCACUGAUGGAACAAGGAUAGACUCGGAGAAAGGAUCUGCAUCUGUUAAGAUAGCUGACUGUGCAAGGGGGGCGCAAGUAGGAGUUGAAAUGUUUGAAAAAUCUUACUUCUGGGAUGCACUAGAAGAAUAUUUGUUAACCCCUCAUGGAUUAGAACUUGUUUCAGAAGCAAAGGCAAGGGAGGAGUUGGCACAUGGACUACAGAACGGUUGUUGGCUUCUCAAAGGCCUUGAUGAGAAAAAUAUACAUCAGUUAGUACAUCUGUUAAUCUCUGAAAAGAAAUGGAUCAAAGAAUGUAGUUCAGAAACUUUUCAUUUCCAACUUACACUACCUCCGAGAGGAAAAUGUGCUCCAUUUCAUUCCGGUACAAUGGAAGGGACAAGUCCUCCUAUUACAAAUGGAAGACCAUUGGAGCAGUGUAACCCUGUACAUGACCGAAGCACAGCCAUAUCAGGCAAGUUGUCCCAGUUGUUAGCUGCAAGAAACGGGAAGGGCCAGGCAAGCUACAAGGACAAUGAAAACCAAGGUAAUAACUUUGACUGGGAAGAACUUGGCCCUAUAUCCAGCGUUGUUGAACCUCAUCCAGGAAUUGAUAAAGUGGUGCGCUAUCAACCUCCUACACAUUCAGACGAUGAAUUUUCAGAUGAUGAAAAUCACUUGUCAGGUCAAAAAGCUGGAAAAUAUCCGGAUGCCAAAUUUUACGCGGAAGAAAAUCAUACAGCAAGCCAACAAGCAGGACAGGAUUCGGAUGCCGAAUUUUCCGAUGAUGAAAACCAUUUGGCAAAGGAACAAGUGGGGAAAUAUUCGGAUGCUGAUUUUUCUGAGGAUGAAAAUCAUACGGAAAGCCAACAAGCAGGAAAAGAUCCAUCCCGGAGUUCACUCUUCGAAAUUCUUGCUUCGUGGAACACCAGCAAGGACGAUGGCUCUAGGAGGAGAGAUUGUGACAUUGACAGGCUCGGUGGGAAACCACCAAGAAAUACCACCGUGGAUUGCUCUCGAAAUGACAGAGGUUAUCGUCAGUGUUGGCGCCCUACGUCCAAGCCUGUCAAAUCUGAAGUGGUGCUUUGAAAGUAUAAAAUGCUGCCGAAGUUGAUCUUUCUGAUUCCAUGUUCUCUCAUUUAUUUUUCAUUUUUAACACGUUUCUGGUAUACAUCAGGUGGUUGCCUCGUGUAAUUAUCCGUUGCUAAAAGUAUAAAUAGAUGUAGAACUCUUUGAUAAUAAUCUCUAUAAUUUGGUUUCCAGAGGUGAAA